AUGCCCAGGUACGGCCGCUCCGCUUUUGGGGGGCGGGGGCUGGCAGCUGACGAGCAUCUCCCGGUACACAUGCGGAGGGAAACGCGCGGCGGAGGAGGCAACGACGGCGGGGUCCCCGGCGGCCGCUCCGCGCGGAGCCGCGCAACCUGCGCCCGGCGCCUGGGGCCGCGCAGGGGGCGCGCAGGGCUGGGAUCGAGCCGCCGCUCGGCCUCCCCUCCGCCCGCUUCUACGCCUCUGUCUCCCGGCUCGGGCCGACUUCAGAACUUGGCUGAAAUUCCAAUUCCCGAGCACCCCGCGCCCGCAGAAGGGCCGAGGGGGAGUCGAGCUCCCGGCGUGGGCGCGCACAUCCGCGCCCCGAGCGGGGCCAUCCGACGGGCGCAGGCAGCCCGCUGUCCCGCUGCGCGCCCCGCGGGGCAGAAGCCGGGCAUUUCGGAAUCCCUGGGCUCGGCGCAGGCCUCGGGCUGCGCGGCCGCGGCGCAGGGAGCGCGGGGGACAUUGCCUCUGCUCCUCCCGGUCCCUUUCGGGCAGCGCUGCCCGAGCCGUUCUGCGCCUAUCCCACGCCCUUCCCGCGGCCCUGCGCUCUCUUUCCGCGCCCCUUGGCCGGGCUGCGAGGCGGGGGGAGCGGGACGGAGCCCUCUCGGCGGCUCGCUCUCCCCGACGCUCUGCCCUGAAGGGAUUCGGAGCGGCAGAUGCCAACGCGCAGCGGGACCGGAGCUCUGCGGGCCGCGUCCCCUCGGGCUGUGCCCGCUGCUGAGCGGAGCGCUGGGCUGCAGCGCGGCCCCGGCGGGGCGAGGCGGGCACCGCGCUCCGGGCACCGGCUACCCUCGGGGGGGCAGAGGGGGAGAUGCCCCCGAGCCCACCGCUGCCCCGCACGUCCCUCGCGAGCCUCCGUGGCCCUCCUCAACCCUGAAGGGCUGCGGGGCCUCCGCGCUCCGGGAGCUCGGGCAGCGCUGCGCGGAUCUUUCAGCCGAGCCCCGGCUCGGGCGGAGCGCUGCGCGCCCGGGCACCUCGGCCGGCAGCUCCGGCAGCGCCCGGCUCUGCUUUUGUGCUCGGGAGGGGAAAAAAACCCCGGAGACGCGGCCGAGACCCCGCGCAGCGCCGCGCAACCUGCGCACAGGACGGGAGCGAGGCGCGGCGAGGCGGGACACGUGCGGGCGCGCACCCCCCGCGGUCUCCGCGCGUAGCCCGUCCCAGGUAAGCGGGGCCCCGCCGCUGCCCCCCGCCCGCCGCGCUCCGUCCCCUCGCAGCGCGCAAAAGGUGCGCACCCCGGCGCGCCUCGGGAGAGAGCCCCGCGCUUACCUUUGGCGGCCAGUGGGGCCGGGGCGAGCUUUUCCCAGGGAAAGCCCCGACCCGCGCGGAGGGCACUGUUUAUUGAGGAGGGGAACGGCGGAGGAGUGCGUGCGCUCUGCGCGCUUUACCACCACACUUACGGCCGAGCCUCGCUGGGGCACGGCGCUGCGCGGAGCGCAGCAGUGCGCAAGCGCCCCCCCCGCGCUGCGCGGGCGGGAGGCGGGCGGGGGGCGCGGGGGACCCGCGGGGACGGAAACGGCGGCCUCGCCCCGGCCCCUCCCGGCCCCGCCCGGCCCCGCCCGGCCGCUGGGAGCUGCGCCUUCGCGCAGCGGAGCCCGGCGCUACCCGGAGGUGCGCGGUUCUCACGGCGCAGCGCUUUGGGAACGCAACAGUUUUCUCCGCCGGUGCGCACCGCGGGAACGCGCCGCUCUCCGCGACGAGGGGGAGGAAGCGCCGGAGCCGCGGGCCCCACCGUCACCGCGGGUUUAG